GAUCAGCUGGGCGAAGGGCGAAACGUUGGAACAGCCCACUUGAGAAUGUUAACUUGAGUUGAUUUCAAGGAAGAUUUGUUUUCGUGUUUGUAAAUAUCUGACAUGGUUUUCUGAUGUGUUCAAGGUAUAGUUGCAACAGUAUCAAGUUGUACGUGGCCAUUUCCUAUUCUCAUCAUCUCAUAAUCAAAACCAUGGAAAGGAACGGAGUAGCUCGGCCAGGGCGCUGAUGCCAAUGAGGAACGGAGGAAAUACGCAGCGAAAUCCCAGUGUUUUUCUGCACUUGCAGUCAGAGGCGCAUCUUGAGAAACGGAUAAAUGCCCUCGCGUGAAGAGCCGUUGCCGCGAAGAGGAACACAUGUCGUUCUUGGACUGCUCCUGCAUCUCCUCCCACUCUCAGGUCCAGCCAAUCAGCAUAGAGGACCAGUAUGAGGACGUCAGCCAUCAAUGCCUGGCGUUUGUGUGUGUGUCUGUGUAUGUGUGUGUCUUCCCCAGGGCAGUGAUGUUCCGGUGUGUUCCGUGUUGGGGAGUGAGGAUGACCUCUCAACACUCUCUGCUGACCCCUCCCACUACCAGUUGCUCUCAGAACUGGGAAGGGGGUUCAAUAACAUGAGCUGUGUGAGCAUGGCGCGUCACAAACCCACCGGCCGUCUGGUAGCUGUGAAGACCACCAACCUGGACGAGUGCACAGAGGAGGAGCUGCUGCAUCUACUGAACGAGGUUCUGUUGUCGCGUCUCUUCCGCCACUCUAACCUGCUGACCUCUCGUCUGGUGUUCAGCUCCAACUCCCAGCUCUGGGUCCUCUCUCCACUCAUGGACUACGGUUCUGCUGAGUCUCUCCUCAGGUCCUACUUCCCUGAUGGCAUGAGCGAGUCUCUGAUCGCCUACCUGCUCUACGGUGUCCUCAGAGCGCUCGAGUACCUGCACCACAUGGGCUACGUGCACAGAGGAGUGAAGGCGAGCCAUAUCCUGUUGUCUGCGGAGGGUCGUGUGUGUCUGUCUGGGCUGCAGAGUGUGUACAGUAUGAUGCGGGAGGGCAAGCGCGUGAAGGCCGUGUUCGACAUGCCACAACACAGCCCAGCCCUACUGCCCUGGCUCAGCCCAGAGCUGCUACGACAGGAUCUCCAUGGUUACGGUGUGAAGUCGGACAUCUACAGCCUGGGCAUCGUGGCCUGUGAGCUGGUCAGUGGCAGAGUGCCCUUUCAGGACAUGCCCCCCACCCUGAUGCUGCUGCAGAAGCUGCGAGGGUCCCACUGCUGCCUGCUGGACGUGCCGUUGGGAGAGCUGGGAGGGCUGAAGGUGUCACGCUCGGGGGUCGACUCCGGCAUCGGCGAAAGCGUCGCCACCGGCAGCCUGACCCGUACCGCCACCGCGGAUAGACCACAGAGCCCCGGACCCAAGAACCACUCGGCCACCCUACACAACCUGGUGCAGCUCUGCUUACAGCACCAGCCUGAGAACAGACCCUCAGCUUCUGUUCUCCUUGGCCACGCCUUCUUCAAGCAGGUGAAGAGGCACACUCGGGACUCCUUCCUCAGUCUGAUGUACCCGGCGUUGCCCCUGUCCAGCCCCCCCGACACCCCUCCGUCCUGUCCGACCACACCGUCCUCACACACCCCGUCCCCCACUGAGGAGACCCCAGACGGGCUCUGGGACUUCUCCUAGCCCCCCCCACCCCCCCCCCUCCUCACCUGCCACUUGAUGAAGAUCAGCUUCUGCUAUCUAUCUCUCCCUUUAUCCCCUUCAUAAAGAUCAGAUUGCUCUACCUAUCAUUAGCUCUUCCCCUUCAUAAAGAUCAGCUUGCUCUAUCUAUCUCUGCCUCUUUCCCCCUCACACACACACACACACACACACUCUCUCUGUAGGAUGUCCCAGCCCCCUGGUGUGUUUCCUCUCCUCCUCUAACCCGCUCUCCUCUCCUUCUCAAGCUGCUUCGAUUCCUUCUGUCUCGCUCUACGAUGACCUUGCCAUAGCCCUCUCCUAUCUAUCUCCCCCUCUGCCCUCUCUCUCUUUCUCUCUCUCUCUCCACUGGUCCUCUGUGUUCUACCUUUCUCUCUCUCCACUGGUCCUCUGUGUUCUACCUUUCUCUCCACUGGUCCUCUGUGUUCUAUCUUUCUCUCCACUGGUCCUCUGUGUUCUACCUUUCUCUCUGUCUCUCUUUCUCUCUCUCUCUCUCUCCACUGGUCCUCUGUGUUCUACCUUUCUCUCUCUCUCUCUCCCUCCCUCUCUCUCUCUCUCUCCACUGGUCCUCUGUGGUAUGUUAAGUCGUCCCUGCUGUAGAUGGGGUCGUCCCUGCUGUAGAUGGGGUCGUCCCUGCUGUAGAUGGGGUCAGACGGGGUCGUCCCUGCUGGACACUCCUCCAGUGUGCCUCUCCAGCCCUUUCUCCCGCCGUGCUUUAUUUUCUACGUCCGCACCGCACCGCACCGCACCGAGCCUUCUGAUUGGCCGUGACCCAGCUCUACACUUUACUUCAAACCGGGAGGAAAUGCCUGAUCAUGUGAUCAUGGACUUCGAGACCACAAGAGGUCGCCAUGGACACCACUAGACUGGCCGCCAAAACGCCAGCCAAUCACACUAGAGGAACCUAGACUGUGACUUUAGGGAGAGGUCAUCAAACUGAGCCUUUUUUGCUGGAUUAAAAGAGUGCGAGUGAGAAAAACGUGUGUGUUCUGUGUGUGUGUGUGGUGUGUGUGUGUUCUGUGUGAGGGUAGCAGAGAUGUUAAUGUGUCAGUCAAUGUGAUGUGUGUAGUGUAAAACUAAGAGCAGCAAGGGUGUGUGUGUGUUUGUGUGUUUGUAGGAUUUUAGAUUAUGAGUGAGGAUGUGUGGGGUUUAUACUGAAGAUCUUGAUGUAUGUAUGUAUGAUUGUGUUCUAUAGCUAUGAAGGGUGCAAACAUGAAGUGUGUGUGUGUGUGAGUGUGAGAGAGAGAGAGAGAGAGAGAGAGAGAGAUACAUGUGUGCAUGCCUUCCCUAACACUCCGGGCCCUAGUGUUAAGUGUGUGUGUGUGUGUGUGUUAAGUGUGUGUGUGUGUGUGUGUCUCACACCCCAAACCCUAGUGAAAAUAUCAGCAGACCUCCUCAGUCCUGUGGACCCAACCAAACCGAUCAGCAGUACUGUGCUUCCCCCGUAGCCCCCAGAUGGCAACCGUCAGCUGCAGAGCCCGCCCAGAUCCGGCUGAGAUCCGGGUCACGUCCGGCUGAGAUCCGGGUCAGAGUCUGGGCCGGCAUCUGCUGCUGUCUGGCCUUCAACUGAACACUGCCUCACAGAGUCUGCAUGUAGAGAGGGAGUUUAAGGAGAAACCUUUGUAGCCUACUGUUGAAUGACAGUAUGCAGUCUUAACUGUGACCUAUGACCUAUGACGACAUUAAUAACAUAUGCAGAACUGACACUUUGUCCAUUUUUGGAAAGUAAUCGUUGUAUGAUGAGCAUUAGGUGUAUAAAAAAUAUAUUCUUAUCCUGUUUUUAAGAU